ACUCUGUGCGAUUUCAAUGUAGCUGCAAUAACUAACGUUACACCGCUUACAUGUGCUAGCAAAAUGGCGGCUCACGUAUUUCGCAAAAUUCUUUUUACCAAAAACCCAUCAUUUCCAUGCAAGUUAAGGAACGACAUUUACAAAUAUGGAUGCCGUCGACAUAUAUGCAUAUCUGCAUCAAUGUUCCAAAAGCCUGGACCGACUGCUGGAGGAAAGGCAACGUUUAAACGCGAUAAACCACACAUGAACAUCGGUACGAUCGGACAUGUCGAUCAUGGAAAAACGACCUUGACGGCUGCAAUCACUCGUGUGCUGUCGGACGAUAAAAUGGCCAAAUUUAUGAAGUAUGAUGAUAUUGAUAGGUCUCCUGAUGAGAGAGCCAGGGGAAUUACAAUUAAUGCUGCAGUCAUAGAUUAUGAAACAGAGAACCGCCAUUAUGGUCAUGUGGACUGUCCAGGGCAUCAUGAUUACAUAAAGAAUAUGAUAACAGGUGCUGCUCAGAUGGAUGGUUGCAUUUUGGUCGUUGCUGCUACAGAUGGUACCAUGCCACAGACACGUGAACAUCUUAUUCUUGCUAAACAGAUUGGUAUUCAAAAGCUUGUUGUGUUUAUAAAUAAAGCAGAUGCCGCAGAUUCGGAAAUGAUUGACCUUGUUGAAAUGGAAGUACGCGACUUGCUGUCUGAACUUGGCUUUGACGGUGAAAAUACCCCUGUAGUAAGCGGAUCAGCUCUGAAAGCACUGAAUGGUGAAGAUCCCGAGAUAGGCAGUGCAAAGGUAAAGGAGCUAUUGAAAUAUGUUGAUGAGUACAUACCACAGCCAGAAAGAGACUUGGACAAACCGUUCAGCUUGCCAAUAGAAAGUUGUAUGGUGAUUACUGGCCGUGGUGUUGUGGUGACAGGGAAGUUGGAUCAAGGAAUUAUUAAAAAGGGUGAUGAAGCAGAGGUAGUUGGGUAUGACAAAAAGCUUAAAACUAUUGUAACCGGAAUUGAAAUGUUCCGACAAAUUUUAGAUCGUGGAGAGGCUGGCGAUCAGAUGGGAUGUCUUUUACGUGGACUCAAAAAAGAUGAUAUUCGUAGAGGUAUGGUUCUUGCAAAACCUGGUCUUUUUGAUUUACAUAAUAAAGUAGAAGCACAAGUAUACUUGCUGAAGAAAGACGAAGGUGGCAGAGAUAAGCCGAUUAUGCCUUAUUUUUCUUGCGUGAUGUAUAAUAGGAGUUUUUCAAUUUCCGCUAGUAUAGAAAUACCAGAUCGUGAGAUGAUUAUGCCAGGCGAAGAUACAAAAGUUCAUUUUACCCUCGGUUUUAAAAUGGCGUUGGUAUUGGGCGACAGAUUCACAUUGCGAGAUGGUAAGCGAACCCUCGGUUACGGCAUUAUCACAAAGGUUCUAGAAAACAUAGAUGUCACUAAAUAUCAAGAAAAGUUAAAAGCCAAACGAAAGGCUGAAAAGAAGGCUAAAGAAGCAGCUGGGGAAGCAUAGACUGAUCGCCCCACUACCAAAUACAUUCAGACUGGUUUUCAAAUAAGUUAAUUCUGAAGUUUGAACAGUUGAUAAGUUAUCUUUAAAAGGACGAAAUCUUUUGUGUUACAUGACUUAUUGGAACAAAUUCUUCCUAUUAAACUGUUCUAUAAUUUUGUAUAUUAAUUUCUAAAGUGAAUAACUUUUCUCAGAAAUAGUGCUUACAUGUACAUUUUGGCUUGAAACUAGUGUUCAUGGCAAGAAUAUUUUCUCAGAUGACAAUUAUUAUAUUAUAUAUAAAUGUUCACAAGGAGAAUAUGUUGAGUCAGAGUAUGUAAUUGUUAAUAGUAUAGAUUAAUACUUGUAGAUUCAUGCAGAAAAAAAUCGUUUUUGUGGUAUAAAUGCAUUGUAUACCUUAAGUUAAAGUAUAAAGUGAAAAUUUCAUUAUGUUUUGAGCCUCAAGUGGUUAAAAUUUAAUGAUUUAUAAAAAGAAAAAGUGUGCUAAAAUGUGCUAGCUUGAACAAGUUAUUUAUUCUUAUAUCAAACUUUACAGAGAAAUGAAUGCUUCAAAUAUUUAGACAAAAUUGAAUUAUUGAAAAUUGGAUAUAAAAAAUGCCAAGGUUUAUAAUGAAUGCUUGUGAUGUAGUUCACAUACAAUAACAUUUUAUAUUCAAUCACUUUUUGUAUGCAUGUUCAUUGUCUACAACAUUAAAAUGAAGUGUUUAUUUA